AUGUUUCAAAAUGCUCUUUGUGAUCUUGGUGCAAGUGUUAGAAUAAUUCCUUAUUCGAUUUUUUGGAAGCUUAAGCUAACUGAGCUUCUCCCAACCAAUAUGACCUUACAAUUGGCUGACUGUUCUAUUAAGUUUCCUAAUGAAAGAUUUGAGAAUGUCCCCCUGAAGAUAGGUGAGUUUACAAUUCCAUUUGACUUCAUUGUGCUUGAAAUAGCAAAAGAUGGCAAUAUACCUAUAAUCUUAGGGAGACCAUUCUUAACUUUUUCGGGUGCUUUGAUUGAUGUAAAAGGUGGCCUUAUUACAUUGCAUGUUGUUUGUGAUAAUGUUUCUAUAAGUGUUGAAAGCAAGACGGUUAGUGAAGAUAACAUAGAGCCUUCAAAGCUUGUGGAUGAGGAUGUGAUUGAUAUACCUUUAUGGUUUGAGCUCUAUCCAUGA